AACCGAAGGGAAUAUAUACUAUACCGAUUACCGGACACUUCCAAGCUUUACACCGUCAACCAUUCCCAUGAGAGCUAAUCCUCCUCCUCACCCUCCCAAGCCGGGCCCUACACCGCCCGACGAAGAUCCGGAGCUGGCCCGGCCCACAUCUGGCGUGUUGGGUCUAUCCGUGGGCGGCGGGUUACGGAAGAAGGGGACGGGGGUGCGGCCAUGGCUGCUAGUAGACUCGACGGGGCAGGCCCAGGUGGUGGAGGCCGGAAAACACGCAAUCAUGCGGCGGACGGGGCUGCCGGCGCGUGAUCUCCGGAUUCUCGACCCGCUUCUGUCGUACCCGUCGACAGUGCUGGGGCGUGAGAGGGCGAUCGUCAUAAACCUUGAGCACAUCAAGGCCAUAAUCACCGCCCAAGAGGUCCUCCUCCUCAACUCCAGAGACCCCUCCGUCACCCCCUUCGUCGACGAGCUUCAGCGCCGCCUCACGCGCCACCAUCAAGCCACCAAAGCCCGGGAGGGCAAUGGUGAUGAUUCAAACUGGAAAGAUCUGUAUGACAUGGAAGAACCACAAUCAAGUGGAUAUAGCCCUCAAAAUUCUGGUGGAGGGUUUCCGGUUCCGCAGUUUCAGGACCGGGAUGUGGAAGGCAAGGGGGAAGGGAAAGAAGGUCUUCAAAAUCAAGAUGGACUCAAGAUUUUGCCAUUCGAGUUUGUGGCGCUGGAGGCAUGCCUUGAGGCAGCCUGUAGUGUCUUAGAAAAUGAAGCAAGGACGCUGGAGCUAGAAGCUCAUCCUGCCUUAGAUAAGCUGACUUCAAAAAUUAGUACUCUCAAUUUGGAACGCGUUCGUCAAAUUAAGAGCCGCUUGGUUGCAAUAACUGGACGUGUGCAAAAGGUGAGGGACGAACUUGAGCAUUUGCUAGAUGAUGAUGAGGAUAUGGCGGAGAUGUAUCUGACUGACAAGUUGGUCCAGCAACAGCUUGAGAAUUCCUCUACCUCUUCUAUGAAUGAGAGAGAUGAAAUGGAUGAUGAAGUUCUUCGAUCAGACAUGGAUGAAAGGGUCCCGACUGAAAUCACAACCUAUGAAGGUGAUCUUCAAAACUCUGAUAACCCCCAGAAUCACUUGUUUGGAGCACCUAAUGUUCUUAGUAGGGACAGCCACGGGACCCAUACUAGUACAACUCAUAGUGCCAUAAGCAAAAACCUUGAUGUGGAGGAGCUUGAAAUGCUUUUAGAGGCUUACUUUGUGCAAAUUGAUGGUACACUAAACAAACUAUCCACGGUAUGCAACUCCACUUGAGCAAUCCAA